CUUUUUCCAGUCCGGCGCAGUGCAAACCCACCAUUCGCGUACCAGUUCGCGCAGUCCUAUUUGCGUAUUUGCUAUUUGACGAUCGAAACGUCCGAGUGUGCUGCGUGUUUGUUUGUUUGGCGUUUAUUUAUUUUUCUGCAUCGGGUUCCGUUUCCCCUCUCUCACCGCAACGGUGCCGUAACCUAACGCACCGGGAAACAAAUCGUGGUUCUCUGGUGUCCAACUGUUGAAUCGGCUGCGAUUCCAAUUCCAAGGACAAGCAAAUAUCACACCCAAGCCGUCAUCAUGGCCGAUGAAGAAAACAGACGCAACAUCCCCAUCAAACUCGGCGACUUCAGCGUCAUCGAUACGGAGUUUUCCAGCAUCCGCGAGCGGUUCGACUCCGAGAUGAGGAAGAUGGAGGAGGAGAUGGCCCGGUUCCGGUCGGAUCUGAUGAACCGCGAGUCGAAUUUCUUCGAAACCACGUCCAGCUUCUCCUCCAAGAAGGUCGCUACAUCGUCCAGCACAUCUGCCUCGAACGCGGCUUCCUCGCUGAAGCACCCCCAGGUGCAGAGCGGAUCCGGAAUAAGCUCCCCAUUGAUUCAGGAUGAUGGUGAUGGCAAGGUGCUGAAGCUGCGCUUUGACGUGAGCCAGUACGCACCGGAGGAGAUCGUCGUGAAGACGAUCGACAACAAGCUGUACGUGAGCGCGAAACACAUGGAGAAGUCGGACACGAAAACGGUGUACCGGGAGUACAACCGGGAGUUUGUGCUGCCGAAGGGCUGCCUGCCGGAGAACAUCCGAUCGUCGCUCAGCAAGGACGGUGUCCUGACGGUUGAUGCCCCGAUGCAACCGGAGGCCCUGCUUGGUGGCGAAACGAUGGUGCCCAUCGCGCACAACUAAGCCGCGAUGAUGCCACGUGGUGUCGAAGCACGUGGGAGGGUUGGAGGGGGAUUGAGGAUGCCGCUGGGGGAUGAUGCCCUUUUGCCCUUUUUCAUCGAUCCGAUCCCCGUGGGUGGGUGGAUGACGUGAGAGCGUUUUUGGUGGGGGGGGUUUUGUUUUGUUGCUUCGUCAUCACACGCGACCGUUGCUUUUAGCCAGUUUAACUUAAUUAUCCCAGUUUUGUACGCCACCUAACCCCCCCACCCACCCCCACCCCGGUUCCGGAACCCCUUUGUGUCUCACAAUCAAAGUAAAUCAAUCAAAGCAAGCAAAACGAACGAUAUGAAAUCAUAUAAGCAAAUGGUGGCUGGUACCGGACGGUGAGAUAUUGCGAACCACCACUAAGCGCUGAUGCAACACGAGCCAUAAAACGCAACGCAUUUUGUUUGUUUGAUUGUUUGUCUCUAAUUUAACUCUCAAUGCCAGCGAGACACGCCUUUGUAGCCAAUUUGGCAACAGCUUAAUCCAACCGUGGGCAAACUUCUUACGUACGCCGCCGCUUCGUAUCAACUAAUUAUUUUUUUUUCUUUACAUUCAUAUAUUCUCUUUUCCCUUUUUAUAUCGUAUGCUUGAAUUUUCAACCUACUUGAAAAUGAACACACAAAAACAAACAAAUCAAAAAAAAAAAAGAACAACGAUUUGGCUAUAUAUCUAUGUACUGUUUGAUUACGAUUUUCUGCUCUAUUUCUGUAUCGCUAAAGAACUUCGCUUGAAUAAACGUGCGACAUGCUAUUAACAUACAACUUUCCGCGUGUUUGAUUUCUUUAUU